AUCGGAAAAACAACUAUGAACUGACAAAAUUUGUUGAUUUCAAAAAAUGUCAAUUGGCAGUACUUACAGCAGCUGUCAAACGACAACAAAAAGGUCAUGUGAAUCUGCGCUAUGGGAAUGGAACCAUUCGUUCAGCUGACUCUGAGCAUUCAACCGUAACGAAGUUAGAAAGCCCAGUUCCAAUGACGAAUACCUCAGUCCUACGUCAGGAAUUGCAUGAUGCUUGUGGAAUAUGGCCAAUCUAUUGGACUGAAUCAGUUCAUGAUGACGAACUACAAACGCUGAUCAAUGAACAAAAGAUUAUCGAACAGGAUGGCUCUCUUCUGAAAGCAGUCAAUGGUGGAAGAGUCAAACAGAACUGUGUUCCUUUAACGGUAUCUACGCCGGGAUAA